UCCGGCAAAAGGAUUCAGUUUCCCUGCUCUUCCUGUUGGAUUUCUCGUCCUUGGUGACUUCUUUUGGGUUAGGUAUCUCUCGCUUGCUCUGUGCGUUGGAUGGCAAUGGGGUCGGUCUCCUUGUUUUCUUGAUCGAUCGGCAUCAAAUCCUGUUCGCGUGAUGCUGUCUUCGAGGCCCUUCGAUUCGGUCCCGUUGGAAUCGCUCUUCUUCUCGCAUGCAGAUUCUUUAGCGUCGCGGAAAGCUUCGAUCUUGCGCUGAAUCAUGCCGCCUCUCCUACCAAGUCGCGUAUCAAGGGCGAAGAAACCACCACCUGUGCCGCACAGACAUGGGAGGAUUCUUCUCGCUUUGCUACUUGUUCUUCUCCUCGGCAUGAUCAUUCUAGAAAUCACGACAAAUGGUAAAAGGUUCGGUAAACCAAUUCCCCGUUCUGAUCCAUCGACGCUCAAAAGGAAUGAUUUUGUUGGAACAUCAGCUCCGUCACAGGUCACCGUGGACUUCACGAAUGGGACGGAUGUGAUAUGGCAAAUCCCCGAGUCGCCGAAGGCCGUCCUCUUCGUAGCUCACGGCUGCAGCUGCCGGGCUGCCAACUUCUGGGACCGAUCCGCCGCGUGCCCGCACUGCGUCGGGCUGCCCGAGGACAGGCUCAUCGUCCUCGGUGCCCUCGACCGCAAAUUCGCUGUCCUCACCAUCUCCAGCUCCGGGAGAUGCUGGUCGAAGGAGAAGGACACUGGCAUUGUUAAAUGGGUAAUCGAAUGGUGGAUCGAGAAGAAUAAGCUACAAGAGCUUCCGCUCGUGGCUUUAGGAGCUUCCUCGGGUGGCUAUUUCACUUCUGCGCUGGCAAAGGAGAUGAGGUUUAGUAGCGUAGCGCUUAUGAUUGCAGAAGGGUUGUUUGGUUCUAUGGGUGUACCAGUUGGCUAUCCUCCCACCCUCUUUGUCCAUAUGCCUAAAGACCAGCACAGGAUGAGGCUGAUAGAGAGGAAUAUGAUAGCGCUGCAGAAGAGGGGUGUUCAUGUUAAGGAGGUCAGGUGCAUGGAGUUCCCGUUGACUCCUACUCUUUUGUCGGAUAGGAUACCAGGUCUGGAUCAGGCAUUCUCUGUUAAGCUAUUUGAGCUGUUUCAGGAGAAGGGAUUCAUUGAUGAGCGUGGGUAUUUGAGGAAUGAUGGGCGGGCAACUCCCUGGAAGCAAGCUCUCAGGGAAAGGGAACCUUCACUGGAUAAAUUUGAAUGGAUCGAUCAUAUUCAGGAGGAGUUAAAUCUUGCAUUUGGAUACCAUGAGAUGACCAGUCUACAGAUAGAUGAUAUCCUUGACUGGUUUGAAUCUCACAUGGGCUCAUCGUUUGUCUCAUAAACUGAAAAAUAUAUGCUUCACUAGCUAUCCACAAUGCUCGAUUUAAUUGCCUAGUGGCAUGGUACAGGAUGACUAUCAUCUGGAAAUUUUAUCGAUAAAACCAGAAUAUUUUUGGAAUGGACUGGUGACCUGAGAUAUUGAGAAUUGCAGAAUUCUUUUUGAGGAUCUUUGCUAAUUUCAUCUGCAGUAAACAAGUCUCCAGACUUUUUCUUUAUGCAUGACAAGUCGGCCCAUAAAGCUCAGGGAUCUAACAUAUCCACUGUUGUGAAAUCAUUGUCUGACUUUGUGUUACUGCCAGAGAUCACCUUUUAAUGCUAUUCUUCUUUUCUGCAAUUAAAAUGAGAGGCAAUGAUCCGAUCUGCAGGCUAGUCUUCAAUUUAAUUAUGUGCAUGUUUAUCUUUGGUUUCUUCAUACAAAGAGGCUGUAUAUAAGGGAAGAACUCUUCAUUAAGUGUUUGUUGCAUAAAUUUAUCUAUCUGUUACUGCUCAGAAUUAAGUCAAUCUCUUGUGAUAUGGUCUGUGUUUGUAAUAUCAUACUCGUGGCAUACAUAAGCAGUUGUUUAAACUAAUCCUUAGUGGUUCUGGAACAUUUCAUUUUGCAGAAUCUUGUACUUUUAAA